UGAGAAUCAGUAACAUAGUCUUCUUUUUAUUUUUUUCUCUCCAUUUCCCUUCUAUUAGCUUUUCACUUCCUAUCUAUCAACCUUUUUCUCUAUCGUAGGAAGGAUAUAUAGUACAGAUCUGAAGACUCAACAACCUCCUCUGAUCCUGUACAUCAAUGCAGAGGGAGAAUGGAUGGAAGUCUCUCUCUCUAUAACAAACUAACAAUCAAUGAAGAUGAUAAGGUAAAAUUCCAUACACUCACGCCUCUCAUAGUCUUCUCAUCUUUUUUCGGAAUAAUUAACACUUUGAAUCACUACUACUCGCUGCUUUCUGUUCAUGAUUCUGCCGCCCGCUGCCAUUUUAAGUUGGAGCAAACCCACGACUCCGCGCCGCCCUGCUCCUCCCAUUCUUGUCUAGUCUACACUAACACAACACUAAUAAUAAUAAUUGUUAUUAUUACUGGGCAGCUCACUUCAAUCCUUCCUAUAUUAUGCUGAGCGGAGCGGCCACAAAACUGACGCAUAACCAUAUUCGUUUUUACUAGCUUUUUGACCCGGAAUUAGAGAGAGAGAGAGAGAGAGAGAGAGAUGGGCUUGCCGCCGCUUUUUGGAAUGUUUGUUGUUCUUGGGCUUUUGGUCUGUGGGAAGGGGUACCCGGAAGAAGACCUGGUCAAGGCUCUGCCCGGCCAGCCAAAUGUUGGGUUCAAGCAAUAUGCUGGGUAUAUUGAUGUUGAUUCCAAAGCUGGGAGGAGUCUCUUUUACUACUUUGUUGAAGCUGAACUGGACCCGCCUCACAAGCCCCUCACUCUUUGGUUAAAUGGAGGUCCAGGCUGCUCUUCAAUUGGUGGGGGAGCCUUCACAGAGCUGGGCCCAUUCUUUCCCAGAGGUGAUGGACGAGGUCUUAUAAGAAAUCCAAGAUCAUGGAAUAAAGCAUCAAAUCUCCUUUUCGUUGAGUCUCCUGCUGGCGUAGGAUGGUCAUAUUCAAAUACAAGUUCUGACUACGAAUGUGGAGAUGCCUCAACAGCCAGGGACAUGCGUAUUUUCAUGACGAAUUGGCUCAACAAGUUCCCUUCAUACAAAUCCAGAGACUUGUUCCUCACAGGAGAAAGCUAUGCUGGACAUUACAUUCCACAGUUAACUAUUGCUCUUCUAGACCACAAUCAAUACUCCAAAGGAUUCAAGUUCAACCUCAAAGGAGUUGCUAUUGGGAACCCUCUGCUGAAACUGGAUUGCGAUGUUCCAGCAACAUAUGAAUUCUUUUGGUCCCAUGGAAUGAUUUCUGAUGAAAUUGGUCUAACAAUAAUGCAAGAUUGCGAUUUUGAAGACUACACAUUUCCUCAUCCACACAAUGUGUCAAAAUCGUGUAAUGAUGCCAUGGCGGAGGCCGACCGCAUUGUUGGUCAAUAUAUAAACAACUACGAUGUGAUUCUUGAUGUAUGCUAUCCGUCAAUUGUGGAGCAAGAGUUGCGUUUGCGCAAGAUGGCCACAAAGAUAAGUGUAGGUGUUGAUGUGUGUAUGAGCUAUGAAAGACGCUUCUACUUUAACCUUCCUGAGGUUCAGCAGGCCAUUCAUGCAAACCGAACCAAGUUGCCAUAUGGUUGGUCUAUGUGCAGUAGCAUUCUGAGCUACAAUCAAUCUGAUGGAAGCAUUGACAUUCUACCUCUGCUUAAAAGGAUUGUACAAAACCACAUUCCAGUCUGGAUUUUCAGCGGGGACCAGGACUCUGUUGUACCAUUGCUUGGGUCUCGGACACUUGUCCGUGAACUUGCUCAUGACUUGGGGCUCAAGAUGACAGUCCCUUAUGGAGCUUGGUUUCACAAGGGACAGGUGGGAGGCUGGGCAACAGAGUAUGGAAACAUAUUAACCUUUGCCACGGUAAGAGGCGCAUCUCAUAUGGUGCCAUAUGCUCAGCCCUCUAGAGCUUUGCAUCUCUUCAGCGACUUUAUACAUGGGCGGAGGCUGCCAAACACAACUCGCCCCUCCAUUGAUGAAUGAGUCAAGUUCCCGACUUCAAAUUGCAGCUUGACAUUCCUCUUAGCUCUUUCCAUUAUUAAAUGUUAGUAGAUCGCCACUAAAUAUUAGUAGCCCUGCCAUGAAUCAUUUGUAGUUCAUUCUGAACAUAUAAACAAAGUUUAAUAUUAUGAAGCUAGAUACCCGACACAAAAUUUAAUAUUAUGCCCAUUUACUCACCAUGAAACUCAAGUAAAACCAGAAGUGUGUAAAUGCAUGCGGUUGUGGAGGGUGUUUUUUUUGGUAUAGUGUUGACGAUUCAAAU